GCGUUUAAUACGCGAAUCCGUUCUUCUUAAAUCAUUCCUCAUAAUCAAAAUCAUGAUGCUCCUCAACUUUUUUAUCAGAUAGGAUUAUUUCAAGGUAGACCGAUACGACAACCGAAAUCGUAAAAAUGAGCUGCAUCUCGGAAUUUGCGAAAUACUUGUUGCUAGUAUUUAAUUUCAUAAUUUCGGUAUGUGCCAUCACGUUAAUCGUAUUCGGGAUUAUCUACUACAUGCAAGAAAACCACGGCGUGAACGUCUUCUCGGACAUAGGUAGCGUUUUUUCGCUUGGAAUUUUAGCGAUGUGCGUCGGGGUGAUUAUUCUCUUCAUCGCCGCCUUCGGCUGCUGCGGCGCUCUUCACCAAAAUACCUGUCUACUGACAAUCUAUGCUUCGAUCCUCAUUAUUCUUUUCGCUCUGCAACUGGCUGUCGGUGUUCUGGCGCUCGUCAAGAUCAUAGACGAAAACGACUUCUUCGUUUUCGUGAGAGACAUUUUAAGAGAAUUGUUUGACAGCGAGGACACGGAAGACAUAAAAUCGUUCCGUAGUAUUCAAAGCCAAUUCGAAUGUUGUGGAGUUAAUAAUUAUACUGAUUAUGACACACCACCGUACCCUUCCAGUUGCUGCGGACGAACGAACUGUUACUUACCUUACAAAAUUGGAUGUGCAGAAGCUUUUACAAACGCCCUGAGCACUUAUAUCCAAGUCAUAGCUUACGUAGCGAUCGGUUUUGCAGUCAUUGAGCUUAUAGGGGCCAUCCUUUCGUUUUUGGUAAGAAAAAAAGACAAGAUUCGAAAAGAAAAUAUUCGCAACAAGUUGCGAGUAUCAAAACGCAACAUAUCGGAGGACACGCUGAAGAUUGAGGAGACAUCCAUAUAGUUGAAAUUUAGUCAAGAAAGUGGUGUUUUUAUAAAACACCUCCAAAAGAUCUUAUUAGGUUGUGAUCUACAAAACACGUUGUAAAUACACUAGCUUGUAAGUAAAUAAAUAUCAAAUUUAG